AUGUCUAGCUCUCCCCUAUCAGCAGUGCUGCCGACGACGGCGUCAGCCGUCGUGACCAAGGCCGUGGCCGGGUCGCACGUGCUCAAGGUCAAAGGGUACUCCCUGAUAAAAGGCCUCGGCGUCGGCAAGUUCAUCGAGUUCGGCAAGUUCAGCGUCGGCGGGAGCAGCUGGACCGUCAGGUUCUACCCUGACGGCGGGCCGGGCUCGGACUACUGCGCCGACUGGGUAUCCAUAGCUCUCUUUCUUCUGGACCCCAAUCCUACUACGGAUGUCAGGGCAAACUUCAAGUUCAACUUGCUCGACCAGGCCCAAGGCAAGCACGUUGAGUUGAAUCCGCAACCGGGGAUGCGCUCCUUCUCCAAUGCAAAGACCGGCUUCGGACAGGAUAGAUUCAUCAAAAGGAUGGAGCUGGACGAGUCGACGUACCUCAAAGACGACUGCCUCGAGAUCAGGUGCGACGUCACGUUCGCCCUCAUGAAGCAGAUCAGCAAGGUAGCUGUGGAGGCUGCCAAGACGCAGUUUGUCGCCGUGCCGCCGUCCGACAUGCACCGACAUCUUGCCGCGCUCCUCUCGGGCGCCUCCGGCGGUGGCGAGGGCAGCGUGGACGUGCGUUUCGAGGUCGGCGGCGAGACGUUCGCCGCGCAUCGGUGCUUGCUCGCCGCUCGGUCGUCGGUGUUCUCGGCCCUGCUCUUUGGCCCGAUGAAGGAGAAGACGGCGACGUGUGUGAAGAUCGAGGACAUGGAGCCGAGAGUGUUCAAGGCGAUGCUCCACUUCAUCUACACCGACUCGCUGCCGGAGAUGGACAAGGGCGAAACAACCGUGAUGGCUCAACAUCUGCUUGUCGCGGCGGACAUGUAUAACCUUCCGAGGCUGAAGUUGAUCUGUGAGCAUGAGUUGUGCAAACACGUUGACGGAAGCACGGUGGACACUAUGUUGGCAUUGGCCGACCAGCAUGGUUGUCGUGGGCUUAAGGAAGCGUGCUUGAGUACUAUCAAUUUUACGAGAAAUCUCAAGGAAACCACGGCAAAGAUAAUUAAUAAGAUAAUCGUGGAAGCUCAUCACUCCCUCUCCUAG